UCUUGAGGAGGUGGCUGUUUUGUAGCUGGAGAGCUGCGUGGGUGAGAAACAGAAACAACCCCCAAGCCUUGUGACCUGGGAGGCAGGAGGCGGGUCUGUCCCCCUGGGACUGGGGCAGCUGCUCAGAGGUGCUCAGCAUUGCGUCUUGCUCAUGGCGGAGUGGCUCCUCACAGGGCGAAGCUCAUCCUUCUCCAGCACGAGACAGCCAGGCCAGCACAGAGGCACCAGAGCAGCAAGGCAGGCAGGUUCCCGGACCAUGUGGACCAGAUGCUGGCUCUGGCCCCUUGUGGCCAUGUGCACUGCAGACUUCUUUCGGGACGAGGCAGAGAGGAUCAUGAGGGACACCCCUGUCAUUGAUGGACACAACGACCUCCCCUGGCAGCUCCUGGACAUGUUCAACAACCGUCUGCAGGACGAGAGGGCCAACCUGAGCACCCUGACCGGCACCCACACCAACAUCCCCAAGCUGAGGGCCGGCUUCGUAGGGGGCCAGUUCUGGUCCGUGUAUACACCUUGCGACACCCAGAACAAAGACGCUGUGAGGAGGACGCUGGAGCAGAUUGAUGUGGUCCAACGCAUGUGCCAGAUGUACCCCGAUACCUUCGUGUGUGUCACCAGCAGUGAAGGCAUCCGGAAUGCCUUCCGGGAGGGGAAGGUGGCCAGCCUGAUUGGUGUGGAGGGCGGCCACUCCAUUGACAGCAGUCUGGGCGUUCUGCGGGCACUCUAUCAGCUGGGCAUGCGGUACCUGACCCUCACCCACAGCUGCAACACGCCCUGGGCUGACAACUGGCUGGUGGACACGGGAGACAGCGAUGCCCACAGCCAAGGCCUGUCACCCUUUGGGCAGCGUGUGGUGAAGGAGCUGAACCGCCUGGGGGUCAUGAUCGACUUGGCUCAUGUGUCUGUGGCCACAAUGAAGGACGCACUGCGGCUGUCCAGAGCCCCGGUCAUCUUCAGCCACUCCUCGGCCUACAGCCUGUGUACCAGCCGGCGCAAUGUGCCCGACGACGUCCUGCAGCUGGUGAAAGAGACAGCGAGCCUGGUGAUGGUGAAUUUCUACAACAACUAUGUCUCCUGCACAAACGAGGCCACCCUGUUCCAAGUGGCCGACCAUCUGGACCACAUUAAGAAGGUGGCGGGAGCUGGAGCCGUGGGUUUCGGUGGGGACUUCGAUGGUGUCCCAAGACUCCCGGAGGGGCUGGAAGACGUCUCCAAGUACCCAGCCCUCAUCGCCGAGCUGCUCAGGAGGAACUGGACGGAGGCGGAAGUCAGGGGCGUGCUGGCUGGCAACCUGCUGAGGGUCUUCGAGGCCGUGGAGAAGGUCAGAGACCUCACACAGGCUCCCGAGGAGGAGCCCAUCCCGCUGGACGAGCUGGAAGGCUCCUGCAGGACGCAGUAUGGCUACUCGGGGGCUCCCAGCCUCUCCCACCGGCAGGGGUUCCUGCUGGCCUCCCUUGCUCCCCUGCUCCUCUGUCUGUGGUUCCUGUGACACUCAGGAGACCAGAGCCCCGUUUAUGACUCCGGGAGCUCAGGGAACACCUGCCCACCUGAGGAUGCCAGAUGCCAGGAACCCUGCUGCCCACAUGGCAAGGACCAGUGUCUUCUGAGCAGGCACCUGGGCUCACGGGAGGCGGGGCAAGAUGCCUGGACAGCUCAGGACACGGGUACACAGUAGGCCCUUAAUAAAAGCAACGUCCCAUCA